AUGUCACUAACAAAUAAUACCAAUUUACAUCCCAGUACCUUUCUUCUCCUUGGUAUUCCAGGGAUGGAAGCCAUCCACACUUGGCUAUCAAUGCCCUUCUUCCUUGUUUACCUAAGCGCUGUCCUGGGAAAUUUAUCUAUUCUAUUUAUUAUUAGAACAGAUUCCAACUUGUAUGAGCCCAUGUACUUCUUCCUCUGUAUGCUCUCUGUGGCUGACUUAAUCACCUCCACUACUGCUAUGCCCCAAAUCCUCGGCAUUUUUUGGUUCUAUGAUAGGGAGAUCUAUUUUGAAGUUUGCCUUGUACAAGUAUUUCUCAUUCAUUCGCUUUGCAGCAUGGCCUCAGGGUUUAUCUUGGCCAUGGCUUUUGAUUGUUAUGUAGCAAUCUGCAUUCCUCUGAGGCAUUCUACCAUCCUGACAAAUACAGUCAUCAAGAACUUGGGGCUGCCUAUUGUCUUCCAUGGGGCUUUGCUUUUCAGUCCUCAACCCUUCAUGCUUUGAUGGCUUCCCUACUGCAGAACUAAUAUCAUCCCUCACACGUACUGUGAAUUUAUGGCACUGAUCAAGCUUGCCUGUGCAGAGACAAGGAUCUACAGAAUAUACAGUCUAACUGCUGCCCUCCUUACUGGAGGCUUAGAUUUCAUAUUAAUCCUAUGUUCCUACACUGCUAUUCUUUACACUGUCUUCCAUCUUCCAUCCAAGGCUGCUCGUCUCAAGACCUUGGGCACCUGUGGAUCCCAUGUGUGUGUAAUCUUAGUGGCCUAUACCCCAGCAUUUUUCUCCUUCCUUACUCACAGGUUUGGACACCAUGUGGCUCCUCACAUUCAUAUCUUUGUGGCUAAUAUCUACCUCCUUGUUCCACCUAUGGUGAACCCAAUGAUUUAUGGCAUAAGAACCAAGAGGAUCAGAGACAGGUUUCUCCAAGUUUUGACUUCUCACAAAUUCUAA